AUGGAUCCGGGUCGCAGAGCAAUGAUCUCGGGACGAAAGUCCCCUACUCGACGAGAUGUUACCUCGCCCAGACAUGAUCCAAGCAAUCGCAUCACCAAAUCCACCAAGCCAGCCGUUUCCAAGAUCAAUCCCAGGUACUUGACCCAAGACGAGCAGUCACGACAGUUCGUGGCCGACGAGGACAAGUUUGUGUUGAAGCAGUCAAAGAAGAAGGCCGAUAUCCGAGUUCGAGAGGGCCGUGCAAAGCCCAUUGAUUACCUGGCGUUCAACCUGAGAUACAUCGAUUCCGACCGCGACGUGUUCGAUGACGACGAUACCGAUAUCGAUAUUGACGUUCCUGCGCCUGCAGAUGUCAUCACAUCACUUGAUGCAGAGCAGAUUGCCGAGCUGGACUCCGACAUUGCAUCUUAUCACGUGCUCGAAACCAAUGCAACGAACCGCGAAUACUGGAAGUCGCUGCAGACGCUCUGCGCGGACCGCAAGGCCAAGCUCAACCCGCACGGCCAUGACCAGAGAGUUGUCAGCAGUGUCUCGGACGACAUUGACAAGAUUCUCGCCCCGAAGACGCAUGACCAGCUGGAGGCUCUCGAGAAGCAGAUCAAGGCAAAGCUACAGUCUAAUGAGGACAUCGACACGGAUUACUGGGAGCAGUUGUUGCGAAGCCUCCGAGUUUGGAAAGCCCGUGCCAAAUUGGACCAGGUAUACGAGACAAUCAAGAAGAACCGCCAUGACCAGUUGAAGGACCGCGAUCCGGCCAAAGCGAAUGUAGUUGGCCAGACGUCAGCCACCAAUGUCUCGCAACGGCCUGCAGCCUCAAUUUCCAAGGACGAGACGUCAAAGCCAACAGCUGUUUCAUCCUCCAGCCACGCGGACAGAUCCGUUCCGCCAGGCACCGAACGUUUCUCUCAGGCCGAUAACGAGGACUUUUCUCAGGCUACCAAAGCUUUGUAUGAUCGCGAGGUUGCUCGAGGUGUGGAUGAAAACGAGGAGAUCUUUACCAGCGAGGAGGCUGUCACCACCACCAAGCCGCAGUGGGCGGACAAGUACAGGCCCCGAAAGCCUCGUUACUUCAACCGGGUGCAAAUGGGAUACGACUGGAACAAGUAUAACCAAACACACUAUGACCACGAUAACCCACCACCCAAGGUGGUCCAGGGCUACAAGUUCAACAUUUUUUACCCAGAGCUCAUCGACAAGACAAAGGCACCGACCUUCAAGAUUAUUCGAGAACACGGCCGAAGACGAGGAGAGUCGUUUGCUGCUGCCGGGGAGGAGGACACGUGCCUCAUCCGGUUCAUUGCAGGCCCUCCAUACGAAGACAUCGCGUUUCGCAUUGUCGACCGAGAGUGGGAUUAUAGCGCCAAAAGGGAUCGAGGCUUCAAGAGCUCCUUUGACAAGGGUAUCUUGCAGCUGCACUUCCAGUUCAAGAAGAUCUACUACCGGAAGUAA